AUGCUCCCUGCAUCCUUGCGUGCAACAAAGCGGCUUCUGCCACACGGGCUUCCUCUGAAGGCUCGCUCCUAUCGCCUUCAAUUGCCGAAGCUUCAGCAGUGUCAUGUGCACCCUGAUGCUGCUGCUCUGAGCACCACGAUGCUGAUGCCCACAGAGGAAUCGAACCCGUCCUGCCACAGCUGGCUCUCUCCCAUCCUUCCCUCCACAAACCAGAGCGAGCAGCAGGAGGGUGCAGGUCCCUCCAAAUCCCCGGCGCUCUCCCACUGGUGGCAGAGGAGAAGCGUGUCGUCCACUUUCAUCACACAAAUGCUGACAGGUGGUGCUUCUGCUGGUGCUGUAGGUGCUGGUGGAGGUGCUGCUGCUGCUGCUGCUGCUGGUGUUGGUGCUGGUGCUGUUGGUGCUGGUGGCGGUGCUGCUGCUGCUGCUGCUGCUGCUGCUGCUGCUGCUGCUGCUGCUGCUGCUGCUGCUGCUGCUGCUGCUGCUGCUGCUGCUGCUGCUGCUGCUGCUGCUGCUGCUGCUGCUGCUGCUGCUGCUGGUGUUGGUGUUGGUGCUGUUGCUGUUGGUGGUGCUGCUGCAUGA